AUGGCUAAAGGUUCAGCAGUCUUGCGUCUCAGCGGCCAUAGUGGAAGAGAAUUCCUUUCAGUUCCGCUGGCUUUCACAGGACCACCUCGUCGGAGGAUCUACAGCGGGUCACGCCUCAUUUCAGAAGCUCUGAGCACCAGAACCCAGCGUCGUGCUUUCCGCAACGACACGAUAAGAUUCCAAAGACCAUCCUUCUCCACCAGUACAAGCUGUCGUCUCAGACUCUCAUCAUCAAACGAACAGCUCGUGGCAGACCCGGCCCUGGAGGCAGGCGAGACGCAGCGCAAGGCGAACAACAACAAGAUCUCAUGCGCACUGUUCGACCACGACGGCACCUUGUUGUCCGGACACAAGGAACUCACCAAGACACAAAUCGCCGAACAGUUCGACCUCCGGUACCGCGACUUGCGGGAUAUCGACCUGCGCUCCGAAGGGAUCACGCGGAUCCUGGUCCGGCCCAAGACGAUCCUGCUGCAGUUCUUCGACCUGUGCAUGAUCAUCCAGGCGGACGAGGCGCUCCUCGUCAACCCGGUGCGCGGGAUCGCGGGAACAUCGGUAGUGGCGCUGGACCACGACUUCGAGAAGCGGCUGUCGUCGAGCGCGAACGAAGCCGCCGACGUGCCGCCGCUGCCGUACGAGCUGCGGGCCGUCGAAGCCGCGCUGGUGGCGGUGCUCUCGAUCCUCCGCGAAGAGCUCCUGGCGGCGCGCGACUCGGCCGUCGAGAGCGCUGAGCAGCUGAAGCUGGAGUCGGGGCUUGCGGCCGCCGAGCUCGACCGCGUGUUCGAACACUCGCGGCGCCUGGCCAAGAUCGAGUCCAAAGCGCGCCUCGUCCGCGAGACGAUCCGCGAGCUCCUUGACACGGAUGAAGACCUCGCUGCCAUGUACCUCACUGACAGCCUGGCUGGCCGCCCGCACGACAUCAGUGACCACCAGGAAGCCGAGUACAUGCUAGAGGCGUACCACAAGGCCGCCGAUGCACUGGCGGAAUCCGCGGCGAGUGCGAUCGAUGUGCUUCGUCGGAGGGAGAACACGUUCCGCUCGAGCCUUGCGGUGCAGCGCAACCAGAUCAUGUUCCUCGAGGCGCGCAUCGCCAUCCACACGCUGGGGCUUGCGGCGGGCACCCUUGUUGCCGGCCUGUUUGGGAUGAAUCUCGUGAAUUACGCCGAGGAUGCCACGUGGGGAUUUCCUGUCGUCACCGCUGCGUGUGUCGUGCUGAGUACGAUCUUGUCCGUCUAUGGUGCCAGGAGGCUGCGACGCAUUCAGAGCCUGAAGAGUCUGGAGAGCGGCCCUGGCGGUUUGGGGCUGGAGUUGCGCAUGAGGUCAAAGAGGUCACAUCAUAAACGAUAA